CACAAAGUAACCUAUUGCCACCCGCUCCUCCCGCUAUCUUUACAAGCUUCUCACCAGACAAUCAUCUCAAUCACUGCUCAGUUUGACAUACGCCGACGCUGACGCUUCUCUGCAACCGUAACAACACUUUUACGAACAUUACAGCGCGUACUGUACUGGCUCUAGCCUGACUAAUUCAUACUACAGCCCGAAAUCGCCACGAAACCACUCGCAUUUGUACCGGAAACAAUGACGUCUGUAUCAUCAUCUCUUCCUGCCUCUGCUCUUCAGGCCUCUAAAUCUGCCUUGUCUGCUGCUCUGGCCGAAAACCACAUCCCGGAAAACGGCAACAGUGCGUCCCCCAAUGGCGAGACUCAUGUCGAGGAGAACGGGGAGCCGGGAGAGAUCCAGGAGGUGGACAUGCAGCAGCAGGCGGAGACACUCCGUACUGUCUUCAGCGAUCCGACGAACUUCAACGUGAAGCACCCACUGUAUUCGCCGUGGACCCUCUGGUUCGAUUCACCGGCGACCAAGGGACGGAACCUACCUCAAACGCCAGUCUCUGCGUUUCCCCAGACACCUCUCCCGCAUACGCCUGGCGCGGCCGCGGCUGCCGGGUGGAUGGAGGAUAUCAAGAGGGUCAUCAGUUUCGACAGUGUAGAAGAGUUCUGGGGAUUGUACAAUAACAUCGUCCCUCCAUCCCAGUUGCCUCAAAAGGCGAACUAUUAUCUGUUCAAGGAAGGUAUCAUUCCAGCAUGGGAAGACGAAGCUAACAAGAAUGGCGGCAAGUGGAGUAUCCAAUUGCCAAAAGACAAGAACAAGCAGAAUGUCGACAAAAUGUGGCUCUAUACUAUGCUGGCUGCUAUCGGCGAGACGUUUGAUCCGUACUUGACAUCGGCGGAGCCUGGCGAGAGCCGGGACUCGCUCGUCACCGGUGUCAUCGUCUCCACGAGACCGCAGUUCUACCGUAUUUCAAUCUGGACAAGGCAGGCGCCUGGUCCGGAAGACGAUCAGCUGCGGGAACGAAUAGAGGCUAUCGGCAAGCACUUCAAGACGGGCGUUCUUGGGUACUCUGAAAGCCAGAGGCUGGGUGGUCCGCUCGCGACGGAAGUGGAGUUCCUGUCGCACAAGGACUCGGAGAAGAAGGGCAAGGCGGCGAAGAAGAUCGUUGUGUGAGGCGGCGGAGAGGGCUGCGCUGUAUCGGUAGGACAUGAUGAAGUUGUCCGCCCGCCUCUCGGAGGGGACUUCGUAUUGCUUAUUUAAUUUAUACCUGCUUCGUACAUACGUCGCGUCUCUUGCAGUCUGGAUAGCUGAUACUUGACACGUGUAUCCUCGUAUCUCGAAUUGCAGCUAUGUGUUUGUAUUUCCGUCCG